AUGGGACCCUUCCCGCUCCUGAAAGUCGCGGACUUCCUGGGCUACGAGACCUCGCGGCCUGGCCCUGCGGCGAGGAUAGAGCAGAAGGGAGUGCCGCUGCAUGAGGGCAUCCUCGAUGCUUUCAUGGAUGGCAUGGGCUUCUCCGAAACGGACAGGCUGGUGAUCGUGGACCUCUGUCCCAACAGGCAAGCCGAGUUUGCCCGCGCGGCCGUGAACAAGAUGAUUGCGAGCGAAGGCAAGAGUUGCAUGCGCUACGUCGGCCUCUUCCGCCCGGAGCAUGCUGAUGUGAAAGCGGAGCUCAGCGGCAAGAUCUACUCCUGGUGGGAUAACAGCAGCGCCGCCCCUGCAAAGAGACGCGCUGGAGAUGAUGUCGAUUUGGAGGCGGCGACCGUGCAGCUGCAGAUCCUUUCCUUGCAGGGCUCCAAGCCCAUAUGGCCGUCUUCGCUUGAGGACAAGUUUCCGGGCGGUACCCCGGAGCAUGCAAAGCUCCUGGCAUUGCGCCAGGAGUUUUUGAAUGAGUUCCCGAAGCCGCGAGCUCUGAGCCAGAUGGGCCGACAGGCCUCUUCGGUCAGCCAGCAGACCCAGCGCCUGGCUGCGGAGUGCGACUACUCGCAGGAUGGAGAGCCGCUGGACGUUGAGCGGUGCGUGGACCUCGCAACGGUCCCCGUCGCAGAGCUGAAGGAGACCAUGCUUUCCAUGGUCACUGGGCGCCCCGGCAAGCCGAGCAUCAUGAUCACGGCCGAGUACGCCUUGUGGAUCGGCAACACCAGAAACGUGCUGGAGGAAAGCUCCGGGGUGCCAUGGCGAUUGGGCAGCGACAAGGAGCUCGUUGUCGUGAACAAGUCAGCAUUGCCACUAUGCGAAUUGCUGCGGCUGAAGGCCACGGAGGAGGGCCUCGUGAAUGUGGAGCUGGAGUCCCACGUGGUGCUGCCCAAGCCUCCUAUUCAACAUGACCUGUCAUCCAAGACUGCUGCUGCGCCAGAAGAUGCCGCGACCCAGCUUGAUGAUGACGAAGCCCUGUUUGGGUUCAGAUAUGAUGUGGCCCCGACCGUGAGCUGCAAGACGAGUGUCUUCAAGCCAGCAGCGUUGAGCAAAGAGGAGACAGAGAAUGUCCGUGCUGUCUCCCUCGCCGCUCUCUGCAGUGGUAACUAUGACCGCUUGCCCCGCAACAAGAUUGCCACUGUGGCUUGGGAGGCCGUCGUGCUGCAACCGCUGCGGGCUUUUCAUUAUGUCUGUAUAAUUACUGUUGCAGCAGCAAACGAUAAAAGGUUGUCGGGCAUCCUCCGUGGAGUCAGUCGUGUCAUUGAGCAGAUUACUUUGGUUCAGCUGUCAUUGUUUAUGUUGCAGGUGACGGUGAGCGGGACACCGCCCAAGAUCAUGCCGAUCAAGCCGAAGAUCUACUUGACCUGCAGCGUGCGACUGCCUCCGCAAAGUUGGUGCAAGGUCAGCUCCUGA